CUCGGCCCGGCGGGGUUGCCGGGCAACGCGGCGGACGCGGCGGGGCAGCACAGUGGCCAUGGCCUCCAAGGGGAGCAAGAAGAAGGAUCUCGGCGGCCCUACCAGCGCCUCCCCCAAACCGGCACCUGCAUCUUCCCAGGUAGGUACUUCAAGUGAGAAGUGGACAUUUCCUAUUUGGCCAGAAUGGAAUGAUGCAGAUAUCAAUGCAGAAAAAUGGGAUCCUGGGAAACCUGGAAAAGAAAAAGCUGGAAAAGGUCAAAUUUCACAGUUCUUUGAUGAUCCUGAAGGGAAAAUAAAGUUGCCAGCAUCCUUAAAAGUACAUUCAUGGAAACGUCCACAAGAGUUUAUAACAAAACAGGUUCCUGUUGUUGUCCAAAAUGAAACUUCGUUUGACCUUGUUUCAGCAAAUGAGCAUAUAUUUUGUAGUGAGCUGAUGAGGUGGAUUGUAAGUGAGAUUUAUGCUGUCUGGAGGAUAUAUAAUGAAAAGUCCUUAACUAGUGAAAUACCCAUACUUUUUUGGAAACCAUGGGAACAUAUUUAUGCUUUAUGUAAACCUACGAAGGAACACAUGCCACUGUACAAUAAAUUCGGAAAAUAUGUAUUGAAACUUUACUGGAUGGGGUGCUGGAGAAAGAUCAUUGUGGAUGACACUAUGCCUUUCAGUGAAGAGGAGAAUUUGUUAUUACCAGCUACAGCCUGUCAAAAUGAACUUUGGCCAAUGUUGCUGUCCAAAGCUCUCAUUAAGGUAGCAAACACUAGUAUACAUGAAACUGGAAAUAGAGAACUGGAGGAAUUUACAGUUCUGCAUACACUGACUGGAUGGAUCCCAGAAGUUAUUCCUCUUCAGUCUGAAUACUUGGACAAAGUUUGGGACUUUUUGAAAGAGAUUGUGCCAGAAUUCAAGUUGCCUGAUGAAAAGACUCCAGAACUUGAUACUACUGAGUCAGAUACAAAACCUGAAGAGACCAAAGACUCAGAGUUAAAAAAUGAAGUUUCACCUGUGAAUAAGCAGUCAGAAUCACCUGAGAAAGCAGAGACAUCUGAUAACAUUGACAAAGAAAAAACAGAGCAGAAAAAAGUAGGAAAGAGAAAAAGCAGAGGAGAAAAAGAAAAAAGCAAGGUAGCACCUCAGUCUUCAGAAAUGGCAAAAUCCCAAAGCCUUGAUGCUUUACCUGAAAAAUCUUCUGUACCAACCCAGCCAGAAAUGGUCGUGUAUGCUGGCUGGAUACCACUUCAUUUGUUUGAAGAGGAUAUUUUUUCAUUAAAGCAGAUGGCUGAUUCUUCAGAGAAGAUGAGGCAAUAUGGGCUUUCCCACAUACACAACCAUCCUGUCCUCAUCACUAGAACUAGAUCCUGUCCUCUGGUAGCACCGCCACAAGAAUCACCAGUUCCUUGUUAGCUUUUCCGUCAGAAAAAUAAAAUUUCUGUGACAUCUGAACCCAAAGAGCCUGAAGUAAAAACACCUGAAGAACAUGUGAGAUUGCUAGCCUAUUUUUGAAUUACAAUGAAUGUGAUCAGAAUACCAACAGACACCCACUUUCCACAGUCAACCAUCACAAAAGGAUUUCAUUCUCUAUCCCGUCUCGCUUCUGUUACUGAAAGUGAUGAAAAUGAAAGUGACAGUAAUGUGGAUAUGAAUCGAAAUGGAAGACAUUCAAAUGCAGAAGAUUGUUCUCAGGAGACCACUCCCUUUGGCCAGAAAAAUGCAGAGAUACCCGGUAAAGAAUAUCGGUUUUGCUGCAAAGAAGUGUCAGAAAAAGCUGAUACUGAUAUGAAGAACCAGACAGGAGAUAAAUCAAAGGAAGAAACAGAGUCCGAAAAGACUUCUGUUUCCAGGGAAACCUGGAUUAGCUUUGAAGACUUCUGUGUUUGUUUCCAGAACCUGUGUUUUCACAAGCCACAUACAUAUGCUUAUAAUUAUCAGAAGACAGAUUUUUAAGGUAUUAAUGACCAAGUCAUCUAUUAUUUACUUGUGGACAGUCUGAUGCCCAUUGAAAUCAUAGUCAGCUUUUCUGCGUUAGUGCACUGGGAUGAUACUGAAGGAACUAAACAAAAAUGUUCUAGUAUUUCAAAGGGUGUGCUGACGAUUGAACGUUUCUCUUGGAAAUCUGUGACUCCUGGAGAACUUGUGUUAAAGAUGCAUACAUCUGCAACCAAAGCUACUGUGUUAAAUCUUCCUGCUGGGAAACACAUAUUACUCUUCACAGUAAGUUCUCCCAUAGGGCACCAUAUUCAUCUGUGUACCAUGGUACCAUGUGUCUUUGGAGAAGAGGAUGAUGUGAUGCCAGCUCUUGAAAAGGAGAGCUCUCGGUUUACAGAACAGGCUGCAGCUAUCCUGAAAGCUGUUGGAAAUGUGAUAAAUAAUUACAGCAGUAAGGAUGAGCUUUCUAAAGCCUGGAAAGAAUUGGAACUAACUCUCUGUCCUCCUGGCAUCCAUGGUACUGGAAUGGCUGAAGAACUCUACAAGGUUUUCAAUAUUGCAUUCUGGUGUUUGAUCAAUUAUGUAAUAGAGGAGAAGACUCCUUACAGAUAUAAACUUGCCUUCAGGUCUUUCACUUUGGAUUUUGAAGACUUUGAGAUUUCUGGGGAUGACCCUGCAUUUUCAGAGAGCAGCGAGCAGAAUCUUGGUAGUUGGCAGGACCGAACUCCCACAUCUGAAGAACAAGCAGCAGCUCUCAAAAUUCAAGCCAUCUGGAGAGGGUCCUGUGUUAGGACAGUACUGAAGAGCAGAAUACCAGGUACUAGAGAAAAUGCUAAUGUUGAAGAAACCUUGAAAACAUUGUGGACUAUGAUUGAAUUAAAUUUUGAACAGUGUGCUGUAAUGUUGUUAAGAGAAAUUUUUAAAAGAAACUGUAAGUCAAUUGAAAAGUUUCCUUGUUAUGAAGAUGAAUGGUGUAAAAUGUCUUUCGCUGACUAUGCUGUAACGUGUGCUGAUCACCCACCACAUGUGUGGUUCUUGGUUUUUAGAGAAAUAUUUAUUGUUCCAGAAGACAUGCUUAUAGUGACAAAGGUGUAUACCACUAUCCCUUCUUGUAGACUUCAUGUUGUUGAUAAUGACACACUGGAGGAAAUGCCACAUGUCUUUUUCGAAGUGGCACCUCAUGUUUAUCCAAAAAAUAAGAAAGGAUACACUUUUAUGGCUGAAGCACAUACUGGUGACCUACCUGUGGCAGCUGGAAAAUGGAAGCUCAGGCUCAUCAGUUCUCAUAGUCCACUUCCAUUUCCCUCUCGUGAGACUGUAAAAAAUGUGUAUUCUACUAGACUAUUUAAAGGGCAUUACAUACCCAACAAAGAGCAUAUAAUGUUUAGGUAUUCAGUAAAAGUCAAAGCACCACAUACUGCUACAGUGCAGGUACAAACCUCUAAAUCAGAUGUGUUCAUUAAACUGCAAGUCCUAGAUAACGAGGAAGAAAUUAUAAGUGUCACUGGAAAGGGCCACGCAGUCAUCCCUGUUUUUACUUUCCUGAGUAAUGGAUCACUUUUGAGCUCCCACUCAAAAACCCCACAGAUUAUUCAAAGCAGUACAAAGAAGGAAUCAGAAACUGGACAAUUAAAAAAACCAACUCAUGAUUCAUUUUCAAAGGAGAGCAAAACUUCUUUGAAGCCAGAACUUGUACAAGAAGAUCCACCUACGUUAAUAGAUGAAUCUUUACCCUUGGAAAACUUCCAAGAUAUUGUUGAAAGUCCGGAACAAUCUCACAAGUAUAUGAUUCAGGCACUAGUGUUAUAUGAAAGUUGGCCACUUCCUGAGAAUCACACUCACUCUGUUCAGGAACUGGAAGAAGAGGAGAAAGAUGAAAUCAAAGGACAAGAGUUUGCAAAUAUUCCUAGAUCAACCAGAAAACAAAGAGCAUCUAAGAUAGAAAAAGAGAAGUCCCAAAGAGGAUCAGUUGAAUUUCAGCAAUCAACUUCGAGCAAACCGCACUGGACUUUACGUGUAGUUAGUGAACAGAAAGAGCAAGACGUUCUGGAGAUGAAGAAAGACACCCAGAAAGCAGAUGAGAUCAGAGCCAUAAAACAAGCAUGGGAGUCUGCAGAGCCAGGAAGAGCUGUCAAGGCUUUUCAGGAACGUGUGCGUUUUAUUAAUAAGUGUGCUGUGAGAGAUUCAGAGGAGGCCAUAGCUGGGACUGAGACCACCAGUGUAACACCUAGUUCAGGAGAAGGAGGAAAGAAAUCCCCACAAGCAGCUAUUGACUCAAGAUUACAAAGGCAGAAAAAAAAAUGGGAGCUUAUAGACCUUAGUCCUUACAUGAGAAAAACAAGGUCUGAAUCUGUGCUGAGAAAUGAGUCUAUUAUUCAACAGCAACAGAUACGUAAAGAGGAAAAAUUUAACCGUUUUAGAGAACUUCGGGAGUUGGCUUUGGAGCAAAGACAAAAAGAAGAAAAUGAUAGAGCUUUAUUGAAGCAAAAUAUACUUGAAAUGUAUGAGAAUCUGCAGGCAUCCUUAGAUGAAACACGAGUCAGAGUUCACAGCAUUCGGGAAGCAUACAGAAGUAAUCUGCUAGAGGCUGAGCUCAGAAAACAAGAAGAACUGGCAGCUCAGGAAGCAGCCUUGAAAGCAGAGAAAAAGAAGAAAAGCACAGACAAAACUAAGCCCAGUAAAGGUUCAGGGAAAAAAAAGUAGUUGUUUUUGCAACUAGUGAAUUGCAUUUAACAGCAUGGGAAAGAAAGCUGAUAUGCAAAGAUGAGAAAGAAUAUUUGUUGUUUUGCAGUAUAUUUGGCAACUAUAUCACAUUUUAUCUCUUUAUCUGUUGAUGGUGAAAAAAAGGACCAGGUAUUCUUUUUAACAAGGUGUUUGCUAUUUUGCUUUUCAUAAAGCUACUCACUACUAUUAAAGUUUGUGUGUUUUACUAGAAUAACUUUUGCAAUAAAAUUUGUAUUCCAUUCAGACUCU